ACUUCAAAGCUGCUUAAGAUGCUACUCGGAACUUUGUCGGAACUUUCAAGUUCAUAGAAGUUCAGUUCAGUAGCAUUGUGUUUCAAUGGAGAUUAAAUUUAUUUCUUUUACAGGAAACAACUGUUUAAGCAUACACGAAUAAAAGAAUUUAUCAAAUCAAUGAAUACUAGGCUUGAGCAAAAAAAAAAAUUGCCGCUCAUCGGAUUCGAACCGAUAGACGCUGCGUGAGAACCCUACGCUCUACCACAGUACUACAGUUGCGAUUGAGCGAACAGUGGCUAAAGUCUGACUUGAAUCGAUUUCCUGCCGGCAGCUAGUUUUGCACAUUUGUACAGUAGUGAAGUUAACUUGACUUUGUCAAGUGUCUUCAGCAGCGCAGCGGUAAGUCGGCAGGCUAUCACGCAGGAGAAUCCAGAUCAAAUCUACAUAGCAGCGACAAGUGUGAACAUAUAAUUAUCAGAAGCGAUUUCCAGACAUGAAUCACAACCCCACCAACCCACCAACACCACAUUUUUGUUCCUGCAUGAAUUUUGUCAAAGUUCUGUCAGAAUCUGCUUAGACGGUUAUCCAGCGUGCUUAUGUGAACUUUCAAGUUCCAAAAUUACUUAAAAAUGAAGCUGCUUAGAAGGCUAAUGAGCAACCUCGAACGAGCUGCUUAGCUUAUAAAGUACCCUUUUAUCUGAUGUUCGGAUAAACAGGAAUGACCUGUACAAUGGGGAAUCCCCCGUCAGCUUACGUUCAACGAUUGCGAGGAGAUAGACGUCAACGCAAUGACUGUCAUACCUGAUGGGAGAUGAUAUAGAUCGAGAAAACGUGCUUUACUAUAUGAUGCAGAUGUGCUGAUGAUGGUGAAUUAAUUGCAGAAUUUAACCGAAAAUUGUUUGAAUUGAUAGUGAAAUUUAGCUUUAUUGUAUUUGGGUGAAAGAUAGUGGGUGCAGAGUGAGUGAACAUUAUGGAAAACGGAAACUAUUUGAGAUAUAACAUGAAUUUAUACUCUGUAGGUUAGGCAUUGCUUCGAACACUGGUUCAGAUAUUAGGAGUUCCAAAUCUCGUAUUCAUUCUUUUCUUGAGCCUGGGAUCUUCUACCAAAAAUCGAGUUGAGGUCGUGCGUGGGAUCAGUCACCAAAGGGAAAAAUUAAUCUUUGAGCGAAUUACCCUAAACCGCUACAGAGAAGUUUUUCUGGCCUUACCUAGUCCGAACAAUCUCAAAGAUUAAUUUCGGAAGCGCACGAUGGCCCAUAAGCAGCCGACGAUCGACAGCUAUUGCCUAUGCGAGUUGUGCCAGCAAUCACCCUCCGCUGAUCAUGGUAUGGUGGCAUGCGACGAAUGUGGAAAGUGGUUCCACUACAUGUGCGCUAACGUCGACGAGUCGAUAAAAGACCAUCCCUGGUGCUGUGAGGGAUGCCUGCUGGUGAGAUCUCGACGGCAUCGAAGCGGAGGUAGUUCCACGUCAUCGAGACGUCGAUUCCGGGAGCUGGAACUUAAACGGCUGGAUGAGGAAUACGCUCUGCAACAAGAGUACAUGCGGAAACUGUACGAGGUGAUGGCAUCGUGUCUUGAGGACGACGAAGAGGACGAUAGUGAGGUCGGUAGUAUGGUGUACAGCAGCGCAAGUAGGACAAGAAAGUGGAUCAAGAGUCAGCGAGAGGCCGAGGGGAAUUUUGGUCCCGGUAAGGCCUAUAGUUUGCCUUCGAUCCCGCAUGAAGGUCCUAGCAACGUUGUAGGCCACGGAGCGUCCUACUCAAUUACACCUUUAGGUCGCCCGGAAUCGAGAUUGCCAGCUCGAAAGAAUGCUGUUGCAGCCGGAAUCCCACUUGAAGGUAGUAUGCCGCGUUAUAUACCGUCCCUUGCUGACCCUAUGGGGUCCGUGUCGAGUCCACACGGGCUGGGGCGGAGUCAACCACCAAGUCAAGCAUCAUAUUGUGGAGGCUCGUCGUUCCUGCCGGCCCGGCAGCAAAUAGUCCCGCCGGGUUCGAUUGAGCUGGAUCAUCCCUGUAUGGAAAAUUCCAAUCCGCAAGCGCCGAUGAUGAAUCGGUCAUUAAUUCCGAGACAAUCGCGAUCCAGUCCGGUGAUCAGACUACAGGGUGGUCCAACUCCAGCUCAAAUUUCAGCUAGGCAAGUAUGGCCGAAACGAUUGCCGGCGUUUUCUGGAGCGGCGGAGGAGUGGCCCAUCUUCAUUAGUUCGUAUGAGAGCUCGAACACCGCAUGCGGAUUUUCCGAGGUGGAAAACCUCAUUAGGCUGCAGGAGAGCCUAAAGGGACCGGCGCUGGAGAUGGUCCGCAGCAGGCUGGUGCUACCGGCGAACGUACCGAAGGUUGUAGAAACUUUGCGUCGUGUCUACGGGAAACCAGAAGUGCUCAUACGUUCGCUGAUCUCAAAGGUACGAAUGAUAGAUCCGCCGAAAUCUGAUCGCUUGGAUACUAUCAUUAAAUUCGGGAUUGCCGUGCAACAAUUGUGCGACCACUUGGACGCCGCCAAUCAACAAGACCACCUCCGAAAUCCCGUGCUGUUGGAGGAGAUGGUGGAGAAGUUGCCUGCCAGUUUCAAGUUGGAGUGGGUACGCUUCAAGAAGGAUGAACAUCUAGUGUCUAUCCGCACCUUCGGCGACUUCAUGGAGAAGCUGGUAGACGAAGCUAGUGAGGUGACACUUUUAAAUACGCCGCCUGAACCCGCGAUGAAACCGGAGAGAAAAUCGUCAACGAAGCCGAAAGGGUUCGUACACACGCACAGUGAUGCGGUACCGAAUGUUACAACUAAAACUGAAGCUGUUAAGUUGGGCGAUGACAAGUUGUGCGCAACAUGCUCUAAAGCCGGGCACCGCGCGCGAAAUUGUGAGGAGUUCAAAAGGCUGCCACCGAACGAACGUCUUCGACUAGUAAGAGAUCGGCAGCUGUGCGCCGUGUGUCUGUAUAGUCAUGGCAGCAUGCGCUGUCGCAACAAGAUGCUGUGUAACGUUCCGGGCUGUAAUGCAAAACACCAUGCUCUACUACACCAGGCUGAGAAACCGGAGGAAUUGAAUUGCAUGGUGCAUCAGCGAAUCAACAAAUCCUCUGUCGUCUUCCGCGUCGUACCAAUCACCCUCAUAAACGGGUCGAAGGAAGUUGCAACCUUUGCCUUCUUGGACGAGGGUUCGUCCAGAACACUAUUGGAGAGCAGCAUGGCGAAGAAGCUGGGACUGAAAGGAGCGGUCAGACCACUGGAUCUGAAGUGGACUUCGGGCGUUACCAGAACUGAAAAGGCAUCAAUGAGCGUACGCCUGACGGUGUCAGGGAAAGGAUCACCCACGCGAUAUUUGCUGGAAGAUGUGCACACCGUAGAACGAUUGAAUUUGCCCAAACAGAGCGUGAACUUCACUGACUUGAUUGCGAAGUUCGAACAUCUCCAAGAACUGUUUGUCGAGGAUCAAGUGAACGCUGAACCUACUAUCUUGAUCGGCUCAGGCAAUAUCGACUUGAUGGCUCCGAUGGAAUCGCGAAUUGGGAGAACAGGAGAACCAGUCGGUCUGCGCUGCAAACUUGGAUGGACAGUUAGUGGACCUGUUACUUCAAGCGGUUCAGAAGGAUACUGCGGCGUGCAUCAAUGCGAUCUGUCGAUGGAUCAAUCGUUGAAGAACUACUUCACCAUGGAAGAGGCUGGGAUUGCUUGCCCGUAUCGCUUAGAAUCCGAGGAAGACCGCAGGGCGCGAGAAAUAUUGGAGGCUACUACGAAGCGUGUCGGAAAUCGGUUCGAAACCGGUCUUUUGUGGCGAACCGACAAAAUUCAGAUGCCGGACAGCUACUCCAUGGCGUACCGCCGUAUGCAAAGUUUGGAGCAACGUUUCCGGAAGAAUCCGGACCUGCAACUGAAGGUCGCCGAAGCGGUCAAAGGAUUCGUUGAAAAGGGGUAUGCUCACAAAGCGUUACCUGGAGAACUUCGUAGCAGCAAACCGGGACAAGAGUGGUAUUUGCCCUUGAACGUAGUGGUCAACCCGAAGAAACCAGAGAAGAUUCGGCUAACGCUGGAUGCCGCUGCCAAGGCUGGUGGAACUUCGCUUAAUGAUAUGCUGCUGAAGGGCCCAGACAUGCUCCUCUCCCUUGUGGAUAUCAUCAACUACUUCAGAGGGCGGAGAAUCGGGUUUGGAGGCGAUGUGAAGGAAAUGUUUCUGCAGAUCCGGAUGCGUCGACCAGAUACACAAUUCCAGAAAUUCCUUUUUCGACAAGACACCUCUCAAAAUCCUGACGUGUACAUCAUGGACGUCGUCAUAUUCGGAGCUAAGUGCUCACCGUGCAACGCUCACUUCACGAAGGACAUCAAUGCACGUGAGUAUGCUGAUCAAUUUCCAGCCGCCGCAGAUGCCAUCCUCAAGCGUCAUUAUGUCGAUGACUAUUUUGAUAGUGCGGACAGCGAGGACGAGGCGAUUCAGCGAGCACGGGAAGUAAGGGAAGUUCAUUCGCUCGGAGGGUUUGACAUCCGUAAUUGGGUGAGUAAUUCACCUAAACUACUCACGGCGCUGGGAGAGGAAAAUAGAUCCACCAAGGCACUAUGCUACGACAAAUCAACGGAAUCAGAGCGAGUGCUAGGGUUACUUUGGGAACCCAAAGAAGACGUGUUCAUCUUCACUAUGGGGCUGAAAGAGAAGUUGAUCCCAUACCUUGUGGACGAAAUUCGACCGACCAGUGCGUCAUGAGCUUCUAUGACCCUGUGGGAUUCCUCUCUCCCUUGCUGGUGCAUGGGAAGAUCAUCAUCCAAGAGACCUGGAGAAGCGGGACGGAAUGGGAUGAACCAGUGACGGACGAAAUUUUCGAAAGGUGGCUAAGCUGGACA